AUGAAGCUCCUGAUCGUAGCGAUUGCAGCCGUCCUCCUCGUCUCUGUUGCUCUUCCGACUAUGGCCGCUUGUGCAGGAGAGUCGAGGACGGUCAGAGGGCAUGAAUACUUGGUUACGAACGCUCCUUGUGGCGCUGCUUGGAAUUCUGAUCUUAUUUCAUGGUCCAUCCUCUGUGGCUGCUGCGAAACAACUCCCUAUGCGGCCAAAACCCCCGCUUUCGCAAACGAACCCUCAAGGCCAGCCUCGACGAGAAAUUCCGCCGCCGGCGCCGCCAAGUGGCCCAAUUGGAGGUUCGGGAGGACCGCGCUGCGCAUCCGGGCGUACGUAUCGCGUGCUUCCCACCGACAGCUGCGUGCGCCUGUUUUACCUGUAUUAUUACAGAAGUCCCUCCACUUUCCGCUCUGCUAA